AUGAUUUUACUUGAAGUACAUAAUCGUAUAAUUGAAGAAUUAUUAACACUUCAAAUUGAAGCAUUUUUACGUAAAGAAAAAUUAGUCGAACUUAAAACUGAUGUUGUUGAUUUUGAUGGUGCACUUUAUCGUGUAACAAGUUCACGUGACAAACCAUUUACUGUUAGCAUUAAAUUAAAAUUUUUUCGUGAUUUAGAACAAUAUGGUACAGAUGAAGUUCUUCGUCGAGAAUAUGGUGAUCUGCUUGUAGCACCUUUAGAAGGUUAUAAUGUAACAUUAUCAUUAGAUUUUAAUACACAAUUACCUAAAGGUGAUAGUAAUGAUGUAUGGGCACCACUUGUUCGUAAAAUUGCAAUGCUUAAACGAAAUUGUUUUGCGGCUGUUUUUGAAAAAUAUUUUGAAUAUCAAGCGAAACAAGAAUCAACAAGUAUUAGUCAUAAACGAGCUGUUAUACAUUAUCGUGAUGAUGAAACAAUGUAUGUUGAUGCAUCAUCUGAUCGUGUUAUUGUUAUUUUUUCAACUGUAUUUAAAGAUCCAGAUGAUAAUGUUAUUGGUCGUGUUUUUAUGGAAGAAUUUAAAGAACGACGAAGACAAUUUCAACAAGCACCUCAAGUUAUUGUUAGUUAUCGUACACCACCAGAAGAAUUAAAGGAUAUGCAUGAUGCUCGUGUAGGUGAUAAUAUUGGUUAUUUAACUUUUGUUCUUUUCCCACGUCAUACAAAGGCAGCAGCACGUGAUAAUACAAUUAAUCUUAUUCAUACACUUCGCAAUUAUUUUCAUUAUCAUAUUAAAUGUUGUAAAGCAUAUUUACAUGCACAUAUGCGUCAUAAAACUAAUGAAUUUCUAAAACGUCUUCAAUUAGCUCGACCUGAAGUUAAGAAAAAUUUUCGACGUGGUCCCAAUGCAACUGGUACAUAA